AUGAGCGCAGUCUUCAAGAUCCCGACUAGGAUCACCACCAGGCUAUUCACUAAACCUGUCGCAUUUGCAUAUAACCCAUCUUUAUUUCUCUCAAGAUCUUUCAGCAGACGUUAUUGUCAAAACACGUAUAAUAACCCUGCCUUCACCAUGACAUCCACCCUCGAGAGCCCCCAUUUCACCAAGCAGGUGGUAGCCGCAAUGCGCGCGCUCUACCCCGAGCAACUCGCCGACAAGGCCUGGGACAACGUCGGCCUGCUUCAAGAGAACAUUGCUGUUAGCGGCCAGGAUGUCUCCCCAACCGUCCUUUUGACCAACGACCUCACCGUUGCCGUCGCCGAGGAAGCCAUCCGCAAGCGCGCCUCAGUCAUCGUAUCAUACCACCCCUUCAUCUUCCGCGGCCUCAAGUCCGUCACCCUCGCCGACCCCCAGCAACGCAUCCUCUUGCAGCUCGCCCAAGCCAACAUAGCCGUCUACUCCCCUCACACCGCCGUCGACGCCGCGCCGGGUGGCAUGAACGACUGGCUAGCCGACAUGCUCGACGGCCACGGCGUCGAAACGAAGCGGAGCAUCUGCCAGCCCAUCUCUAGCUCCAUCACCUCCUCCCUGCCUCCGGCCUUCUUCAACUCGGGCUACGGCCGCCUCGUCGAGCUCGGACACCCCGUCCACCUCGGCAACAUCAUCAAGGCGUACGCCGAGGGUCUUGGCGGGCUCAACCACAUCAUGAUCGCCGCGCCCAAGGACAAGAAGGUCACGACCAUUCGGAGCGUCGGCAUCUGCGCGGGCAGCGGCGCCGACGUGCUCAAGAACUGCGACGCCGACCUGAUUGUCACCGGCGAGAUGACGCAUCACUACGCGCUGGCGCUGACGAUGAAGGGGAAGGUGGUGGUGACGGUGUUCCACAGCAACAGCGAGAGGAAGUUUCUGAAGAAGAGGCUGCAGGCGCAGUUGCAGGCGCAGCUGGAGAAGGAGGGCGUCAAGCACCCCGAGGUGCUCGUGAGCGAGGCGGAUGCGGAUCCGUUUGAGAUCUGGGAUGUGAACAAGAUGCCUGCUUGGGCUUUUGGGAAGGAGUAG